GCAGAGCGGCGUGAGGCGGGAGCGCGCGGCAUGGCGGCGGCGGCGGCGGCGGCGGUGGCGCGGCGGGGGCGGUGCCUGGCGGCGCUGCUGAGGGCCGGGGCCGGGCCGCGGGCGGCCGUAGCAAAGGGAGCAGCAGGUCUCCAAAAACAAAUAAUCCAUCAUGGGAGCCUCUGGUACAACAUUCCUGCCGCCAGCAUUUCUGCUGUCCGGACGUACAGCACGCAGACAGCAGAGGAGAAGGAAGAAGAGCCCCUGCACAACAUCAUAAACAACACAGAGAACGUGAAAGGUGCAGCCUCUAAACAUGAAUUUCAGGCUGAAACGAAGAAACUGCUGGACAUUGUUGCCCGUUCCUUGUACUCAGAAAAGGAGGUAUUUAUCCGGGAGCUAAUUUCCAAUGGCAGCGAUGCACUGGAGAAACUGCGUCAUCGGCUGAUGGCAGAAGGGAAGGCCUUGCCAGAGAUGGAGAUCCAUCUGCAGACAGACAAUGGAAAAGGAACCAUCACUAUCCAGGACACAGGGAUUGGGAUGACCCAGGAGGAGCUGGUUUCUAACCUCGGUACCAUUGCUCGAUCAGGCUCAAAGGCUUUUCUAGAUGCUUUGCAGAGCCAAGCUGAAGCCAGCAGUAAAAUCAUUGGCCAGUUUGGAGUGGGUUUCUACUCAGCCUUCAUGGUGGCUGAUAAAGUGGAGGUGUUCUCACAGUCUGCAGAGCCAGGGAGCCCAGGCUACCACUGGUCAUCAGACGGUUCAGGAAUGUUUGAGAUUGCAGAAGCAUCUGGUGUCAGAACUGGGACUAAGAUUAUUAUUCAUCUCAAAGAAGACUGCAAGGAGUUUGCAAAUGAAGACCGAGUCAAGGAGGUGGUGACAAAAUACAGCAACUUCAUCAGCUUCCCACUGUACCUCAACGGGAGAAGAAUUAACACACUGCAGGCACUCUGGAUGCUGGACUCCAAGGAUAUCGGUGAGUGGCAGCAUGAGGAGUUCUACCACUUCAUAGCGCAGGCUUAUGACAAGCCCCGCUACAUCCUGCACUACAAGACUGAUGCUCCCCUCAACAUCCGCAGCAUCUUCUACGUGCCUGAGCAAAAACCGUCCAUGUUUGACAUCAGCAGGGAACUGGGCUCCAGCGUUGCCCUCUACAGCCGCAAAAUUCUCAUCCAGACCAAAGCUGCAGACAUCCUGCCUAAAUGGCUGCGUUUUCUUAGAGGUGUUGUGGACAGUGAGGAUAUACCCCUGAAUCUCAGCAGGGAGCUGCUGCAGGAGAGUGCACUGAUCAGGAAGCUCCGAGAUGUUUUGCAGAAGAAGUUGAUCAAGUUCUUCAUUGACCAGAGCAAGAAGGACCCUGAAAAAUAUGCCAAAUUCUUUGAGGACUACGGAGUAUUCAUGAGAGAGGGGAUUGUCACAAUAGCAGAGCAGGAUGUCAAGGAGGACAUAGCAAAGUUGCUACGUUAUGAAUCGUCAUCCCUGCCUGCAGGCCAGCUCACCAGCCUGACUGACUAUGCCUCCCGCAUGAAGGCAGGGAGCAGGAACAUCUACUACCUGUGUGCACCCAACCGGCACCUGGCUGAGCACUCCCCAUACUUUGAGGCCAUGAAGAAAAAGGACAUGGAGGUCCUGUUCUGCUAUGAGCAAUUUGAUGAGCUGACACUCUUGCACCUUCGGGAGUUUGACAAGAAGAAGCUGAUUUCGGUGGAGACAGAUAUUGUGGUUGAUCACUAUAAGGAAGAGAAGUUUGAAGAGAGCAGCCCAGCUGCAGAACGUCUGACAGAGAAAGAGGCUGAGGAUCUCAUGGCCUGGAUGAGAAAUGCCUUAGGCUCUCGAGUCACUGGCGUUAAGGUGACUACACGGCUGGACACCCACCCUGCCAUGAUCACUGUGCUCGAGAUGGGGGCUGCCCGCCACUUUCUGCGUAUGCAGCAGCUGGCCAAGACCCAAGAGGAACGUGCCCAGCUCCUGCAGCCCACCCUGGAGAUCAACACCAGGCAUGCUCUGAUUAAGAAGCUUAACGAGCUGAAGGACAGUCAGCCUGAUCUGGCCCAGCUGUUGCUUGAUCAGAUUUAUGAGAAUGCCAUGAUAGCAGCAGGGCUGAAUGAGGAUCCCAGACCAAUGGUGAACAAGCUGAAUGAACUCCUCACCAGAAUCCUGGACAAGAACUGAGCCACAGAAGACUGAAGGAUGAACUCUGUGCCGAUCUCUCUUCCUUCAAGUGCAGUCAACUCUGUCAACUAUUGCAGCAUCUGCUUGCAGGCCCUGUGCAGUAAUGGGUUCACGGGGCAGAGGGCUGGGGAGAAUGGAGGGGACUUCCAGCCCUCCCUGCACAGGGAGGAGCCAGUUGUAAUUAUUAGAGCAUAUGUCAUCAACCUAUGCAAAGAGUGAUGGUCUUGGGAACAAUAUCCAGAGGCUACUGCUAAAACAAUAUACCCACAUUUCUG